AUUUUGUAAUAUCCUUUAGCUGUCAAGUAUAUUAUUUGAUCGAAUUGACCAAUUUUUUUCUAUUUAAUUUGGUAGCUGGUAGCUAGCUACAUUCAAAGAGAGAUAAGUUUCAACAUUUUUUAAGCUAAAAAUGGCUUGUCAAAUGCAUCGCUGUUGCUGCUUCGAUAACAGUAAAGAUGCUUCGUUUGCAACAGGAAUUUUUAUGGCUAUUAUAUCUCUGAUUAUUAUAGUUUUUGUUUCUCUUGAAUGGUCUAGACUCCGCUUACAAGGAACUUCAGAAAUUUAUACCACGUUGUUUACAAAUGGAAACGUAACGGUCCAUUCAAUUCUUGCUGUACAUUUGACGGUUGAAUUAAUAUUCUUUUUAUUUUGUCUACUUCUCAUCUAUGCUGUGAUUAAGAACAAACGCUUAGCAUUAAUACCAUGCAUGGUUUGGAUGUUGAUUGACAUUAUCGGCUAUUGUGUUCUGGCUGUUUUCGUUACGAUAGACAUGAUUUUAAAAUGGCAACCGGUCUAUCUUAUUCAAUUAGCUAUAAUCGUGUGUUUCUUUGGAAUAAAACUUGUUUGCUUCAUUGUGAUUAAGACACAUUACCAGUUAUUGGCCACAUUGAAACGAAAAGAAAAUGAACUUGAAAAAGUCGAAUAUUUCCAAUUUAGCUUCUAAAACAUAAUGAAAGAUCUGUGAUAAAUUUAGAAUAAUACAUAGACCUAAUGCUUUGUUGCUUUUAAUAAGCAUUUUGUUUGUUAAAAUAAUUUUUUACAAAAAUUGAGAGAUUAAUAAAUUCUCUUUCUAUGAUGAAUUUAAUUAAUGAAGGAAAAUAGUUUAUAAAGAAGAG